AUGGCAUCCGGCUACGACAGAGCGUUGUCCGUCUUCAGUCCCGAUGGACACGUCUUCCAGGUUGAGUAUGCUUUGGAGGCUGUCAAGAGAGGAACUUGCGCCGUCGCCGUGAAGGGCAAGGACAUCGUUGUCCUUGGCUGCGAGAAACGCUCUGCGAUGAAGCUUCAAGAUACCCGCAUUACCCCUUCGAAGAUCUGCCUGGUGGACAACCACGUCGCUCUGGCCUUUGCUGGCCUCAACGCCGACGCUCGCAUCCUUGUCGACAAGGCCCGGUUAGAAGCACAGUCCCACCGCCUGACUGUUGAGGAUGCUGUUUCGAUCGAGUACAUCACGAAGUAUGUUGCUGGUGUGCAGCAGAGGUACACGCAGAGCGGUGGUGUCCGCCCCUUCGGCAUCAGCACGCUCAUGGUUGGAUUCGAUCCGAACGACAAGACCCCGCGUCUUUACCAGACGGAGCCUUCGGGUAUCUACUCGGCAUGGAAGGCAAAUGCGAUCGGAAGGUCGAGCAAGACGGUCCGCGAGUUUCUUGAGCGCAACCACAAGGCGGACAUGGACCGGGAGGAGACUAUCAAGCUUACGGUCAAGUCCCUGCUCGAGGUCGUCCAGACCGGCGCGAAGAACAUUGAGAUCGCAAUCAUGGCACCUGGAAAGUCCAUCGAGAUGCUGCCUGUGGAGCAGAUCGAGAAGUACGUCGAGAGCAUCAACACUGAGAAGCAGGAGGAGGCCGCUACCAGGCGCCCGGGAAGGACUCCAGGCACGGGUACCGCGGCCAUUCUGACGCGUCCCUCGGGCGAGGGUUCCAGCUAA